AUUAUUUAUCCAUUCGGAUGUACCAAACAACCCCUUACAUGUAAGUUGCUAUUUGGGCAUUUUCCCCCAAAUUACACUCGCACUGUGCAAAUCUACGAACAAAUAGUCUUACUAAUUGCAAAUCCACCAUAAAUUGCGUACGUAUAUCACACUUCAGCAAAUCUACCCCACCGCAAACCCCCGCCGGAAAAUCAAGAAUGCCACCGAAAUCCGAACCCACCACCACCAAAACCCAAUAUUCCGAUCCAUCAGAUGACUACUCCAUCGACCCAAUUUUCCACAUCCUCCGUAUUCUCCCUUUCUCCUUCCUCCGCCCACCAAAGCUCCGUCUCAAAAUCCCCACAAUCACUCUCCCCUCCGCCAUGACAGUUUUCACAUUCAUCCUUCUCACUUACUUCAUGGUCGUCUCGGGAAUCGUCUACGACGUCAUUGUUGAACCGCCAGGCAUUGGAUCAACGCAAGACCGGUUCACUGGUGCUGUUAAACCGGUGGUUUUUAUGCCGGGUCGGGUUAAUGGUCAGUAUAUUAUUGAAGGAUUAUCGUCCGGGUUCAUGUUUGUACUUGGUGGUAUUGGGAUUGUGCUUUUGGAUUUGGCACUUGAUAAGAAUCGGGAGAAGAGUGUAAAGAUUUCAUUUGCAUCAGCUGGGAUUGUGUUUGUUGUCAUUGCGUAUGUUAUGAGUUUUUUGGAUGAAUAGAUGAGGCAUUUGUGCUCAUGUUCAACCAGACCACAUUAUAAGAAUAUUUUUUAGCUCUGGUUAUGGAAGAAGGAACCGAGAAGAAGGUAUCAGCAACAACUGGUUUUCAUUUGAUUAACUUAUCGUGUAACCGGUUGUUUAUCUCAAUUAGAAUGGUGAACUAUAUGAAUGUCUGUUCCUCUUUAUGGAGGUCCUUGAUUCCCUAUCAAUGGAUACACUUCUAGGUGAAGGGGUUUCUUAAAUGUUAGAACUGUUGAAGUAUUUUGACCAAUCAUCUGAUGAAAGGACGGAAACACAUUCCCAGUGAGAAAGAAUGGGCAAACGACAUGUUCGUUUCAUUAGUUGAUGGGCCUUUUUACAGCUAUGUCAAAGUCUUUUUUCUGAAAGUCUCUUCCUCUUUUUGUUUCAAUUAUUCCCUCAUUUGAUUUGGUUUCCUUCUUAAGUCCCACAUUUGUUCUUUUUGUUCAAGUUCUUUUUUGUUCAAGUUAUGCUUGGAUUCCUUGUUAUGUCAUUUCAUUAAUUCACGUUGUAAUUAUAGCUUUGCGGUACACCUUUCUCGAUCUUGUAGUUUUCAAGCUCAUAUUAACUAUCAGGUUCCUUAUUUUGUAUGAGGGUCAACCCUGGAGUUUCCAUAGUGCUUUCAGCUCUUUCAAUUUCACCCUCUUCUGAUUCGCUUGUAUGAAUAACUUUUAGAGGAUGACCUUCUGAAUCUAUGGAUUGUCCAGCAUGGUUCAGAUGCAUUAGGUCUUCUGCCAUACUGUAUUACAGUGAUAGAUACAUCGAACUACUACUAGCUGGUUGCUGGUUUUCCCUUCAAAGGUCGAUGCAUCUAGAAUGCAGAAGCAUUAUUUAAGCUGCUGACAAAAAUGCAGAAUGCAUUUCUAAAGGGGUGUUUUUUUCUUAUAGCAGUUGGAGCCUAGUAGGUGAAUAUUUGAGAUAUGCAUCAUGUUAAUCGUUCGUUUAGACUUUCUGAUAGCUCGUGUACUAGAGUUUCUCAACCCUUGUUCUAUCCGUCCCAGACUUGCAGACGUUCUUCAUUUCACUAAGCUCCCUGCAUCAUGUGGAUCUUUUACUUCUUGGUACUUGUUAUCUCACUUGAACCUGUUCUGAUGAUGGCAUAAUACCCUUCCAUGAAUUCCUAUGUUGAAUGGCUGAUGCAUCUUUGCCUUCACUGCUUAAUGAUGACCACAAUCUCACAGGUCUGUAUCAAUCUUUUUCCAUCUCUUUGAUGUUUAGAAAGAAGAGGAAGAUCUUUUUUGUACCUGAAAUGUUAUUGAAGUGUGUUAACUGAAUCUGAUUGCUUGGUGACUGUCUUAGUCUUUCCUCCGCCUUCAUACAUAUUUUGAGCAGCGUUUUGAUAACAAAACGAAAAAAAGCUUCACCUGUCUUCAUUAUAGGACAUCAUGCCCUCGUGCGAAUCUGCUCUACUGCAAAUUAAACUCAAGCUUGUGCUGCAACUUUUGAUUGAUUUGCACUAAUCAACAUUCUGGGCCUCAUGUAUGUUGGAGUCGGGCUGGGAACCUGAGUGUAGAUAGUAAUGUUGCUGCAAUGUGAUUAGGAGGUCACAAAUUCAAGUUGCGUACAAUAGAAGACCCUUGUGGUCCAGCCUUCUCCAGAUCCCGUGCCUAAGUGGAAUCUUAGUGCACUGGACUGCUCUUUUUACGUAUAUUAGAUUCGUAGGUUAAUUGGGUGUAAUCUAGGUAGAUUGAACCCUCAAAUGUUGACUGGCAGCCUAAUGAAAUGUUUUAAUUUUCUUAGUCAACAGAAGAGCUAGACGCUGGUGAUUAAUGCACAACAUAUGAAUUGAUCUCGAGAUCUUUUACAAUUGUUUAUUUCGAAGUUGAAGUUCCAUUAGCUCCCUUGUUCAGCAGCUGUAGAAAACAGUAAUGUGUGUGUGUGUGUUUUUGUAUGUGUAUAGAGAGAGAGAGGAGUGUCUGAACUGGGUACCAAUUUUGCAACAUUUUUCAAUUUUACGUUGGUGCAUUGACAUACAUAUAUAUUUGAAGUGUACGAACUGUAGUUGAAUGUCUUUCACAAUCAUCAAGCAUU